CAGUUCAUACCACAACAUGUCAGUGCGAAAUCCAGAGAAACACAUAGAGCAAGUGAACAAAAACAAUAGGAUGAUUUCUGCAGGUUUAGUACCCGCCCAUAGAAAGAGACUUGCAAACGUCAUGGUUUUCUCCCGUCAUGUCAUUUUUCUAAACAAAGUAAGUCGAUUACAGGAUCCCGUUUAGGAUUUCAACAAUGUCUUGUGCGCGUAAGCCGCGCAAAAGGACGAAAUCGCAGGAGUUGAUUUAUCAAGAGCAGUGCAAGAACGUGGCACACGAAAAUGGGAAACGCAUAGGUCUGGAGGGAGACCCGGACCUGCAGUUUUUGCUGAAAGGCGGAGACCUACUAAAGGUGAAGUCCCGCUCAUGGAAGAAGACCCGCUACUUUCGGCUGAACGAAGAUUGUAAGACUGUGUGGCAAAACACCAGCAAGAAAUUCAAGAGCGACACCAGCUUCAGCCUCGAGGACGUUGAACAUGUGCGACAUGGCCGUCAGACUGAAGGGCUGCAGAAGUACACCGACUCCUCAAUUGAGGACCGCUGCUUCUCCAUCAUCUUCAAGGGUCGACGGAACAACCUAGACUUGAUCGCCUCAACCAAAGAGGAGGCCAAGCAUUGGGUCAGCGGUCUGGAGAAAGUCAUCAACAGCAUGUACAACCUCAACCGCCAACAGAACAGCGAACACUGGAUCUAUAACUGCAUGCGCAAGGCAGACAAGAACGCAGAUAACAAAAUGUCCUUGAAGGAGUUGAAGCAUUUCCUACGUCAGAUCAAUAUUGAGGUGGACGACGAUUACGCUAAGACGCUCUUCAAGAAAUGUGACACAUCAAAUUCAGGAACUCUGGAGGGAUCAGAAAUUAAGCACUUCUACAAUUUGCUGACUUACCGUCAGGAAAUUGAUGUAAUCUAUGGAAAGUACGCUCAUACUGACGGACAGAUGAGCUCCAGCGACCUGUUGGACUUCCUCCAAAAUGAGCAGAGGGAGCCAGUGUCUUUGGAUUAUGCACAUAAGCUUAUCGAUAAAUUUGAGGUGGAUGAAAUAGCCAAACUAAACAAGCACAUGAGCAAAGAUGGUUUCCUGAUGUACCUGAACCAUGAAGAAAGCUCCAUCUUUAACCCCGCCCACAAAGCCUUGUACCAAGACAUGCGUCAACCACUCAACCAUUACUUUAUUUCCUCUUCCCAUAACACCUAUCUGAUGGAGGACCAGCUGAAGGGUCCUAGCAGCACAGAAGCCUAUAUCAAAGCACUGACGAAGGGAUGCCGCUGUGUGGAGCUGGAUUGCUGGGACGGUGAAAGCGGGGAGCCGGUCAUUUACCACGGCCACACGCUCACAUCCAAAGUGCUCUUCAAAGACGUCAUCAAGGCCAUCAAAGAAUAUGCUUUCAAAACCUCACAAUACCCAGUGAUCCUGUCUUUGGAGAACCAUUGCACCACAGAGCAGCAGAAAAUCAUGGCCCAUCACUUAACCUCCAUCUUGGGCAGCGCUCUGCUCACUCAGCCACUGGGGCAUAACAUGCCCACCACUUUUCCAGGACCUGAGGAGCUGAAGGGACGUUUCCUGAUCAAGGGAAAACGUUUGAACAAACUGGAUGCGGCAUUCAACAACAACACCUCAGAGGAUGUGGACAGUGUGUCGGAGGAAGACGAGGCUGCUGAACUGAAAGAGGGUGAACCGAAACCUAAAGACAAGACUUCCAAAAAGAUCAAGCUGGCUAAGGAGCUGUCAGAUUUGGUAAUCUACUGCAAGAGUGUCCAUUUCAGCAACUUUGAGCAUUCAAGAGAUAAUCAGGCCUUCUAUGAAAUGGCCUCCUUCAAGGAGAGCAAAGCAAUGAACCUGGCGGAAAACUCAGCUACGGCAUUUAUUCAUCACAACAUGGAUAAGCUGAGCAGAAUCUACCCAGCCGGCUCCAGAACCAAUUCGUCCAACUACAAUCCGGUGCCACUGUGGAACGCCGGCUGCCAAAUAGUGGCUCUAAACUUCCAGACUCCCUGUAAAGAGAUGGAUCUGAAUCAGGCCCGCUUUUUACCUAAUGGCAAGUGUGGCUACAUACUGAAGCCAGAGUUUCAGAGGGACCCGGGUUCCCAGUUUGACCCCAUAAACCUCACUGUAGGCCCCUGGCUACAGAAGAAGACCCUGCAUCUCAUGAUCAUCUCAGCCCAGCAGCUUCCUAAGAUCAAUAAGGACAAACAGACCUCCAUUGUGGACCCUCUGGUCAGAGUGGAGAUCUAUGGUGUGCCAGCUGACAAUACCAGCAAAGAGACACAUCACAUUGUCAACAAUGGUUUCAAUCCUAUGUGGAAUACAAAAUUCCAGUUCACUGUUCACGUGCCUGAACUGGCUUUGGUGCGCUUUGUGGUGGAGGACUAUGAUGCUGCUACCCAUAAUGAUUUGGUUGGCCUGUACACUGUGCCCUUCACCAGCAUGCAGAAUGGAUACCGGCAUGUGCCUCUGCUCACAAAGAGAGGAAGCCUCAUUCCUUCAGCAGGCCUGUUUGUACACAUCAUGAUUCUUGAUGCUUAAUAGACUGCAACAUUCCUCUCAGUCAUCUCAAUGUCAAAGUGUGCAGAUCACUGAACAGGACAAUCAGCUAAACUCUCCUAUGCGAACACUUUCUAGGAUAAGAUUUGGACUUCCUUUUCCGAUGUGCCUUGCGGUUUACCAGUUAGCCCUCCUUAAUAUAUGAGUACCAAGAUGCACCUUAAAGUGCUUUGUAGAAUUAGUAGGUGUGGUUCAAUUUAGAAAAACAGGUGGGGUAAAAAGUCUUUUUUAGGCCUAUUUUGAACCUGCAGCCAAAGAACUUUAAUAUUUAAGCACAAAUCAAAUAAUACUCAACAUUCUACACAUUCCCCAUGUCUUUUUUUGUCUCGAAAAAACAUUGUUUAAAUAUAAAUAUUAAUAAUUUAAAUAUUAAUAAAAGUCUAUUUUAUAUAUUUUAAAAUAUAUAUUUUUAUAUGUAUUUUAAAUUAAUUCAAAAAAUUAAAUUUUUAGGGGGGCUUGGGUAGGGCUUUUGGCUACCAAUAAAAGAGUAGUACUUUCAGCUCCAUUUUACCAUAUUGAAGUUGAUUUUAAAGAAUUAAGGGGGUCGCACACCGGACGCGAAGCUCAGCGCCGCGCCGCGACACGUCUUUACAAUUCGAAGGCAUUGUUUUCUAUUGUUUUCUGAUUCGUAGCUAGGUGCUGUGGACAGGUGCCGAAUGUCGCCGCCGGUGUGCGUACACUCAUAGAAAACAAUGCAUUCGAAUUUUAAAUACGUGGCGCGGCGUUGAGCUUUGCGUCCGGUGUGUGAGCCCCUUUACACAGAUUUUACCCUACAAUCAGUGCAGAAAAUGUUAAAAAUGUGCAGAUUUAGUAUGUGCCAAGUAAAAAGUAAGCCCCGCACAUGAUAUGCAAGAAAAAAAAAAUGUGCGCACAAUUUACUAUUUAGUUCCCUCGAUUUGCUCAUUUUUUUUCCUCAAUUUAUAAAUCAUGUGCACGAUUUAUAAAUCGAGAUAACAAAUUAGUACAUUGU